AUGCGGGAUUUAUUUUUCUUGACACUGCUUCUGUUGGCCUUGGGGCUCGUUCAAACAGGAGCUGUGCAGGCGGCGGAGCCGGUGGUGACGGACAAGGUAUACUUCGAUAUCACCAUUGGCGACGAACCACUCGGUCGCAUUGUGAUUGGGCUCUUUGGAAACGACGUGCCCAAAACGGUGCAGAACUUCAAGCAACUGGCGAGUGGCGAAAACGGGUUUGGUUACAAGGGAUCCAUCUUCCACCGCGUGAUCCGGAACUUCAUGAUCCAAGGUGGUGAUUUCACGAACUUUGAUGGAACGGGUGGAAGGUCCAUCUACGGUGCACGCUUUGAGGAUGAGAACUUUAAUAUCAAGCACUUCGUCGGCGCCCUCUCAAUGGCGAACGCCGGGCCCAACACCAAUGGCUCUCAGUUCUUCAUCACGACUGCACCUACACCGUGGCUUGACGGUCGUCACGUCGUCUUUGGAAAGGUGGUGGAAGGCAUGGAUGUAGUGAAGAAGGUGGAGAACACAAGGACGGGUCGCAACGAUAAACCAAGUAAGAUAAUAAAGAUUGCUGAAUGCGGGGUGCUAUAG